AGGUAGCAGAAGCUGCCAAUUUCCUGUCACCUGGUGUCAAUCAGAGGUACUAGCCCCAGGCCUGGUCUAUCUCACUCAUCUUCAAAACUUGAGAUAGGAGAAGUAGCCAGCUGAUCCCAGCAGUGUCAAGGCUUGAACCCUUGGAGACCCAGGAGUUUGAGAACACAAUGACAACACCCAGAAACUCAGUGAGUGGAACUUUCCCAGUAGAGUCUACCAGAGGCCCUCUUGCCAUGCAACCUUCUCAAAAAGUAAACCUCAGGAGGACAUCUUCGCUGGUGGGCCCAACACAAAGCUUUUUCAUGAGGGAAUCGAAGGCUUUGGGGGCUGUCCAGAUCAUGAAUGGCCUCUUCCAUAUUUCCCUGGGAGGACUUCUGAUGAUCCCCGCAGGAGUCUUUGCACCCAUCAGUAUGAGUGUAUGGUACCCUCUCUGGGGAGGCAUUAUGUAUAUUAUUUCAGGAUCACUCCUGGCAGCAGCAGCAGAGAAAACCUCCAGAAAGAGUUUGGUCAAAGCCAAAGUGAUAAUGAGCUCUCUGAGCCUCUUCACUGCCAUUUCUGGAAUAAUUCUUUCAAUCAUGGACAUACUGAACAUUACAGUUUCUCACUUUCUAAAAAUGGAACGUCAGAUCCUUAGUAAAACUCCCAGCCUGUAUGUUGAUAUCUAUAACUGUGAGCCAUCUAAUUCCUCAGUGAAAAACUCUCCAUCUACACAAUACUGUUACAGCAUGCAGGCUGUGUUCUUGGGCAUUUUGUCAGUGAUGCUGAUCUUUGCCUUCUUCCAGAAACUUGUGACAGCUGGCGUUGUGGAAAAUGACUGGAAAAGAAUGUGCUCCAGACCCAAAUCUAAUGUGGUUCUACUGUCAGCUGGAGAAAAAAAAGAAAAGAUGACUAAAAUGAAAGAAGAAAUCGUUGAGCUAAGUGGAGUAUCUUCCCAACCAAAGAACGAAGAAGAAAUUGAAAUUAUUCCAGUGCAAGAAGAAGAAGAAGAAACAGAAAUUAACUUUCCAGAACCUCCCCAGGAACAAGAAUCCUUGCCAGUGGAAAAUGAGAUCUCUCCUUAAACUCUUCUCUUUUAUGAGCAGUGUUGUUUAGAGAGCUCCCGGAACACAUAGUUACCCCCAUUUCUUGGUCUUCCAUAACUACUCUCCACAUUUCCACAGCUUAUCUUUGCAUAGAGAAGCCACAUCUAGUUCUCCUUCACAUUUGGAGAAUGUAGCAAUUGUAGCAGAUUAAAUUGUUCCUUGCUUUGGAGUCUUACAUCAGCAGAAACACUGCAGGAUACAAUUCUCAUUCACCUUUUUCUUGGACAGGCAUUUUAGUAGAGAUAGUACUUUUUUCCCAUGUUUUCCAUCAGCAACUGUAGCUGUGGGAAAAGACAAAAGACUGUUCAUCCAUCUUUGAAUUCUUUGACUACUUCCUGGUCUACAUUUAUAGGGGAGUCCUUUUUGUGCUUUUGUUUUAAGGAAAGUAGAAAUAAUAACAAAAGGGAACAAGACACCCAUUUUUCCAGGGGAGCAGUCACUGUGGCUUGUUCAAGUUUCUGUAUCCCAAUUAGAAAGCUGUGAAAGGCAAUGACUAACCAUGUCUCUGUAUAAACAACAUAGUUUAUACAUAAGCAAGUCUCUGUGUCUUAACUUUGUCCAACUCCUGUUCUUUACCUCCUUGUAUUCUUUAGUCAAGAGAAGAAAGAAUGAUGGGAUGAAAUGGGUACCCAAAUUUCAAACUAUAUGCAACACCUAUGCUUACAGGAUACUUUCCAAGGGGCAGGAUAGUUUAUGAAAUAGUUUCAUUUGAUCUUCCAUGACCAUGAAAGGAUCCCUAUAACUAUUUUGCAAUAAAAUUGAAAGUAGGAAGCAAGCCAAAGUAUACUGUAAUGAUCAUGCAUAGUAGUUGUGGGCUCUUGACUCAGACCCAGUUCUUCAACUCCUGGUGAUGUUUGAAAUGAGCCAAUUAUCUAUACCCAAUGUCUGCAUAAACUGGAUCAAGAGCCUACUCUGACUAUGAGCAAUGUGUUGAGUCACAGAAAAAUCAGAAUUGGACUUGACACCACCAUGUGAAUGAAAACAACUAGAAACUUACAACCUUCAAAAAACUAGUCGAUGUAUAAAUAUGCAGUUAGCUGGUAAGUUGUAAGAUGCAGAUAGUAAUCACUAUAAAUGACUUCAGAAAGAUAAGUCUUAAAAACAAUAUAGUUAAGAUGCCAAAGCUCAGGCCACCCUACUUUUCCAUCCCUUGCUCAUGUGCAGAGAGGCUAGCACCUGACUUGAAACACUGUUAGCCUAAGAAGAUUUCACCAUAACCUAUCAAUCAGAUACCAUGAUCAGCCUGCCUCAAGGCAUGUUGGGUAUAUGAACAACUUAAGUAAUACUCCUUGGGAUAGUUCAGUUUUAUUAGAGGUUACUGGUGGGAAGUAUUUCCUGUAAUUACAAAGAAAAUGGAAGUAGAAAUUUUCCCCUCAUGAAGUCUUCAAAACAAACUCUAAAUGAAUAAAACUGUGUGUUCAUGACUGAAA